GUUUUGCACCACAGAAUGGCAGGCAGUUCCAUUCUGUUUCUCUGAAUUCCACAUCCUCGUUGCUGGGAGCUACCUCGAUCAACAGUGCCUCGCUCAUGGCCGCCUUACUUGUUGCCCUGCUCGCCGUGCUCAUCAUACCUCUGCUCACCUUCCUUCUGUUCGCCGCCAAGAGGCCUUAUUCUCACCUGCAACGCAGCCAUGGACGGAGACUCCCUCCAUCCCCGCCCGGUGGCCUGCCGCUCCUCGGCCACCUCCACCUAUUGGGCAGCCUGCCGCACCGGGGACUCAGGUCGAUGGCCGCGUCGUGCGGCCCGGUCAUGCUCCUGCGCCUCGGCCAGGUGCCCACCGUCGUGGCGUCCUCUGCGGCCGCCUCGGAGGAGGCCAUGAAGACCCGCAACCUGGCCUUCGCCAGCCGCCCCAGCCUGCGCAUGGCCGACCGCCUCUACUACGGCACCCGCGACAUGGUGUUCGCGCCGUACGGCGAGCGCUGGCGCCAGCUGCGCCGCGUCUGCGUGUCCCACCUCCUAACCCAGCGCCGCGUUCUCUGCUUCCGCGCCGUCCGUGAGCAGGAGGUCGCCGCCCUGCUCGACCGCGUCCGCGGCGCCGGCGGCGCCGUCGUGAACCUGAGCCACCUCCUCAUUACCUUCGCCAACGCCGUCGUCUCGCGCGCCACGUUCGGCGACGCGGGCUACGGGCUCGGUGGCGGCGACGGCGGGGGAGGGGCGAAGCUGAGGAAGGUGUUCGCCGAAUUCGAGGAGCUGCUCGGGACGGUCCCGAUGGCGGAGAUGGUGCCGUGGCUGUGGCUGGUGGACGUGGUGACCGGGCUGGAGCGGAAGGCGAGGCGCACCUCUGAGGAGAUAGAUCGGCUGCUCGAGAGGGUCAUCACCGACCAUCGCCGGCGACGUCGUGGUGCACGGCGGGUCGGAGACGGAGAGGACGAUGGCAGGGACUUCGUGGACGUGCUGUUGGACUUGAGCGAGACAGAGGAUGAGGUCGUCGGAGAAGUCCAGCUCGACACGGUCACCAUCAAAGCCACAAUCCUCGACAUGCUCGCUGCCGGCACAGACACUUCGUACACGCUGCUGGAAUGGGCCAUGGCGGAGCUCAUCAACCACCCAACCCAGAUGCGCAAGCUCCAGGACGAGAUCCGCACGGCCAUCGGCGUCGCGGACCGCAUCACCGAGGACGACCUCCCCAAGCUACCAUACCUCAAGGCCGUCAUCAAGGAGACGCUCCGGCUGCACCCGCCGGUACCUCUCCUGCUGCCCCGGGAAACCCUCGAGGACACCGAGCUGCAAGGCUAUCACGUCCCGGCGCGGACGCGCGUUGUGAUCAACGCCUGGGCGAUCGGCCGGGACGCGGCCAUCUGGGAGCACGCCGAGGAGUUCAUGCCGGAGAGGUUUGCCGCGGACGGCGAGGCGGAGUACCACAAGAUGGGGGUGGAUUUCAGGUUCCUGCCGUUCGGCGCCGGGAGGAGGGGGUGCCCGGGCGUCGGGUUCGCCGUGCCGGCCAACGAGCUGGCGCUGGCGAGCUUGCUGUAUCAUUUCGACUGGGAGGUUCCAGUUCCAGGUGGAGGGAGGCCAGGGACGACGGCAUCGUUGGUGGACAUGAGCGAGGUGAACGGCCUCUCCGUGCGCCUCAAGAGGGCUCUGCUUCUGGUAGCUAAGCCGUGGUCUGGCUGACAAGCUGAUCGUGUGUUUGGCUUAGCACGCCAACGGUAGUGCAGCACUGGGCAUUAAGUGAUAUGUUUUCAACAUUAACAAUUUGGCAAACCUGUUCAAACACGUUUUGAAAUUUGGCUGAGACUUAAAACAAAACUCGAAUGAAAUUUGACCGGAGUGAUUCGCGAUGAA